AUGGCCGUAAAACUAUUAAUUCUCAUCUUAUUGGUCAGAGAAAACACGUCAGAACAUUGCGACGUGCAAUCUGAGGAAUCGAAUAAACGGUGCUUUGUGAAGCAGACGCUGGCUACACUACCCCACAGUCCGAACCAAUUAGCUGUCGACAAACUAACUAACACACUUUACUUCAGUUUCGACGCGGGCCAGGGCGAGUACCUCCCGGCUGCACUCCAACUUGACACCAAAAGGCUGACCGUUUUGAAAGGAGUCAAGGACGCUUUUGCCAUGGCGAGCGACGAAGAGAACGGCGAAGUAUACUUCGGCGGCAGUCACGGCAUUUACAGAUACAAUCCGACAUUGAGAACACUGAAGCGCCUCCUCGUAAAAAACUUGGAUAUCUGGUGGCUGGUGUUGAAAAAACGAUUGUACUUUAUCAGAUUCCCAAGUUUGAAAGCGUAUUUCUACGCGAACAGGUCCGUGAAUGGGGUGUAUAAGCUAAACAAUUAUACAGUAAAUCAAUUCGUAUUUGACUCUGAAGACAAUAUUUUCUUCAUCAACGGUUCUGGGCUGUUCGGAAUAAAGAAUAACGAUACCUCGCCGAUACUGCUCAGAGAUUACCCAAGGUUCCUCGGCAUGGCCAUUGACAACUCGAGUCACGUAUAUUUGUGUAGUGAGAACAGUAUCUAUGUUAUAAGUAGAAUUGUGCAAAAAGUGAAGAAAAUCGUGAGCGUCGCUGGCGUGCUGGGGAUUUGCUUUGAUAGAGAUAACAAUCUCAUUUAUUCAGACUCCCACGAAUUGGUGCGGCUGAUGCCUGUGUUUAGUAAAAAUUAA